AUGGAAAAAAAUAUCCAUUUAGCAAGUUUUAAUGGCAAUAAAGAUCUUCUUAUUUCACUACUCUUUGACAAUCCAUCCUCUAUUAAUGCACAGGAUCAAGAUCGACGAACUGCAUUACACUGGGCAUGUGUUGGAUCACAAACAGAUAUUGUUUUUUGGCUUCUUGAAAGACCAGAUAUUGAUAUUAAUAUAAAAGAUGAAGGAGGCUGGACAGCACUUCAUAUUUCUGCUUCCAUGGGGAAUAAUGAAAUUGUAUCGAAAAUUUUAUCACUAGAAAACUGUGAAUUAUCAGCUAAAAAUAAUGGAGGACAAACUGCCUUACACUAUGCAGUAAGCAAAAACCACCUAAAAGUUGCUGAAAGAAUUCUUGAAAAAGCUUCUUUUUUGGCUCAAGAAAAAGAUAAUCAACAUCAAUUGCCAUUGCAUCGAGCAGCUGCAAUUGGAUCAAUACCUAUGAUUCGUCUUCUUCUUUCAUAUGAUUCACCUAUCAAUGCACAAGAUAUUGGAGGAUAUACACCGCUUCAUCAUGCUUUUGAAGAGUGCCAUCCAGAAGCAGUUGUUGAAUUAUUAAUACAAGGGGCCAAUAUUUUAAUAAAAAACAAUGAAGACAAAACCCCAGAAGAAGUGUGUGGCGACAUAAAUAUUAAGAAAAAGGUUUUGACAAUUUGUGAAGAUAGAGGAAUAAAAAUAUAA